AUGCUUCUUUCUUUAAGUAUAAGUUUGAUCGAAUCCGGCUUGGUACUAGUGAUUGCACAUAUUGUUACGAGCUGCCACUGUUCUGUUAAAAUUGACCCAGAAUGUUCACAUGAGAAUCCUGUUUGUCUCAACGGCGGCACGAUGGACUUUUUAAAUGAAACAUGUCAAUGUACGCCUGCAUGGAAGGGAGACUUUUGUGAUAUUCCUGUGAAAGUGUCAGUUUACUGCACGGAAUCCAAAGAAUGCAAAUAUGGAGGAUCUUGUGUCGAUGGCAAAUGUCAAUGUACAAAAUCGUGGAGAGGUAGACAAUGUCAAAUUAACGUUCAGGAUACCGUCAAAUAUACUGAAGAUAUGCUAGACGAGAAAACCCAAUUAAGAUACUUCUAUAUUUCAAACCUCGCUACUUUUUCUCGAGCCCAAAACCAAUGUCGGAAGCUUGGGGGGCAUGUCAUGUCAGAUCCAAGACCCGAUAUUUUUAAGUGGGGUUUAAGUGCUCAUAAUAACCCCUCUGUUAUCAUUUGGAUCAGUUUAUGGUAUGAUAAUGUAAAAUGCAUUGCAAUGAAUUUAAACGACUACUUGAAGCCAAUAAUAAUUUCAUGCAACGACAGGAGGGCGUAUGUGUGCCAAGCCCCAACUACAGGUGUUUGUUCGAAAGAGAUUCAAAGCAAAUUUUGCGAUAACACAAUUGCUGGACACUGCCAUCAUACUCAAACUGGAUUUGAAUGUUGUAAAAGGGGAUUUGAGAUGAUGGAGAAUGGUACUUGCGUUGAUCGUAACAGCAUUUUAUGUCCACCAAAAGACGAAAACUGCGUGUACAAAAAUGGAUCAAGUGUAUGUUUCUGCCCUGAUAAUAUGCAAGGAAAUGGAAUAAAUGCUUGCGGACAUAUAAUAACAUUAUGGCAAAUUGUUAGAUAUCCUGACCUCAAACUACCAGCUACUGAAUGCGCUGUGAGAGAUAAAGCAAAUCGUCUUCGUGAUUUAUUUUCUAAACACCUGUUAACCAAAAUAAACAUGCUCAUCAUAACAAAAAUAACUGAGUUUGACACAAAAUUAUUUAAUUUAACAUACGAUAUUUAUUGCUCGGAUCCGAACAUGACACCAGGUGAUUUUACCAACGAUUUUAUUAAAGUCAGACGAACAAUGAGAAGUUCAACUGGAAAUAAAAAAUUAUUUUCUGGAUGGAGGAAACCUAUUCAAGCUUCUUUAGAGUGUGCACCAAAAGAAAUAGGGUACGGAAAAAGAUUAUAUCAUUUUAAGGCAGCAGAUGCCGGUUCACUAGCGUUUUCAGGAGAAAACUCCUCAUUGGGAUCAUCUGAAGCUACUCUGCCUUGUAAAAUAAGAAAAUACUCAGAUGGUAGUGAAUCAGCAUACUUGGACUAUACAGCAUUUAGAUUUCCACGUAAUAUGAUUGACACUACGAGUGGACCAAUAUCUAUCGAAACAACGGCUGGCGAUGUAACAAACGGAAGUACGCUAAUGUAUAGAUUUAAGAAAUACUACAACGAAAGAAUACUCGACUCGAUAAAUACAACUAAUGAUGUCAGGAGAACAGAGGUCAGAAAGGUUGGUUUCGAAGAACUCAUUUACAUGGCAAAUGAACUCCUUAGUGAAAACCAAAAGUACGAUACUUCUGAAAACAUCGAUGUUGCCCUGUCGGUGGAAACUCUAACGACUACAAUAAAACUGCAGCCAAACAAUACAUUCAGAUUAAAUACGUCUUCAAUUUACGUAGAGGUUCAGCAGUUCACAUCAUAUCAUUAUACCGAUGUACAAAUGAAAGACACUGAAUACGAAGUGGAAGGAAUAAAGGCAUUUUUACCCGGAAGCGCAGUUGAUAAAGCAUUACAUAUGGCAGAAGAAAAACGCACUUCUGUAUCCUUUGUAGUGUUUCGAAAUGCUAGUUUCUUUCAGACAUCGGAUGAUAUUGCCAUAGAUCAAGUACUAUCGUGCAGCAUUGCAGACAAGAAAAUUACUAAUUUGUUGGAACCAUUUUGGUAUCAGAUGCCUGUAAGUUAUGAGAAGGCAAACGAAACACGCCGAGUAAAAUUUAUAAAAUGUGCUUAUUACGAUGUUGAAAUGAAAGACUGGAAUUCCGAUGGAUGUUCGUAUGUCACUGGAUCAAAUCCGCCAAAUUGUACUUGCAAUCAUUUAACGAAUUUUGCUGUAUUAGUAAAAACAGCCAAUUUGACGGAUCCGUAUACCUUGGAAAUAUUCGGAAAGGUCGGAUGUUCACUUUCUGUGAUCGGACUUGCUUUGAUGUUGCUGUGCAUUUGUUAUUUUUCAUCUUUAAGAAAGAAUUUGACGAAUCAAAUACACUCCGUUCUCGGAUUCAGCCUCUUAGUAGCAUACGUUUUGUUUCUGACGGGUGUUGAGCAGAUAAAUAAUAGAAAUGGCUGUAUUACUAUUGCAGCAUUCCUACAUUUCUUUUUACUAUCUGCAUGGGGAUGGAUGAUAGUUGAAUGUGCCACUAUGUACAAGAAGCUUGUUUCAGUGUUUGGUUCAACGGGACCCUACUACAUAGUGAAGGCUGCAGUCAUGGUAUACAGUGGUUCCGCUCUCAUUGCUGUUGUCACCGUGGCUGUCGCUGUAGGUUGGUUUGAUAGAAAAUUUCUCAAGGAUUGGAACCCUAUGACAGAAGAAGAUGGAAUGUUUGCUCCUUCUAAAUACAUAAGUCAACGAUUAUGCUGGCUCCAUAACUAUUCAUUAAUUGUUGGAUUUUUGAUGCCUAUCGCUAUAGCUCUCGUUAUAAAUAUAUUUGGCUUCAUCGCAAUUUCAAAAGCAAUUACUUGUGAUCGGUCAAAGAUACUAUUAAAGUCAAACCAAAAGAAAACUUCACUUCAGGAGGCAAAGACUUAUCUUACAAGAGCCAUUAUCUUCACUUUUUUACUAGGACUAGCAUGGCUAUUUGCUAUUCCUUUAACAAUGUCCGAUGAUGAUAAAACGAACAUUGUGUUUGGAUGGCUGUUCUCUGUCGCCAACUCAUUGCAGGGUUUCUUUGUCUUUUUUCUAUUUUGCAUUCGAAGAAAAGAUGUUCGUGAUUUAUGGACAACAGAACUAUUAAAACUAUUAUGCAUAAAAAGAAAAGAUAGUCAUGUGAAAGGUCAGCUGAAGAUACAUGGAACACCAGGAACAAGUACACCACAGACUAAAAAGACUGAUUUAACAGUAACAUACACGAAGACUAACAAAGUUAAAGUUUGAUACCAUAAGUUAACAAAACAGCGAAGGGCUGUUAUGAGUUGAAAGCUUCAAUUCCAAAUGCCUGUUUCAUAGAUCCAGUCAAGUUUGUCGCAAAACAAA